AUGGACAGCCUGUUUGCGCUGCGCCUGCUGGUGCCGGCAGCGAGCACGGAUGCCGAGGCGGCGCAGCACGCCUGGCAGCAGCUGCAGCCGACGAUGCGGGAAGCAGCCUCGCUUGGCGUCUUGCUGGCCGCCGCGGCCGAGGUGGGCCUGCUGGGUGGCGGCAGGCUGCUGCUGCAGCUGCGCGAGUGCGAGGGCGGCGGCCAGCACAUUGCGACUGACCCACGCAUCGACCGCCUGCUGGGCAGCCGAUCCGGGGCCAAGGUGGCCUAUCAGCUGGGCUGCACCCACGGCCUCCUGCCGCUGGUGGUGAUGAAUCCGCCAGGCGAGGAGCAGCACCUGGAGAUGGAUGUCGCCACGGCGGCCAUGCUGGGGGCGGGCUCAUCCAUGCGGCUGCGCCUCAUUCUCUCCGGGGCCGCCCAACAGCUGCUGCUGAGCCCAACAGUCGUGCGAAACGAGAGCGCAGCCCGCAUGUACCUCAAGGGCUCCAGCAAGCUGCAGCGGCAGGCAGCGUCUGCGACGAGCAGCACGAAGCCCGCCGCGGCCGUGCUGCGCCUGCCCUUGCCAUUCGGCAGCGGCAGCGGCAGCGGCGCGGCGCGAAACGCCGGUGGGGCGAAGCCCGCGGCAGAGCUGCUGGUGGGCCUCGCUGCUGCGGCAGCGCAGGAAGCGGCGGCAGCCAGCGGGGGCCAGCUGGGCGCCCUGCAGCUGGUGGAGCGCGGCGGGGAGAUCCUGCGGUGCUGGCAGGCUGUGGCGCGGGCCACGGACAAGGCUGGAGACCAGCGGCGCGGCUGGGCAGCGGCGAUGAUGACGGAGGAGGGGCAGGAUGCGCUGGCGGCGCUGAAGCCGUGGCUGCCGCCGGCGGCGAUGUACAACCGAGACAACCGGCUCAAGGUGUCCCGGGAUGAGGCAAAGUACGAGGAGGCGCAGUCGGAGGUCCGCGGGCGGGCCGAGGCGGCAGAGCGGGAGGCGCGGCACCAGCUGCUGCGCGACCGAGCGCGGCGCAAGUAUGGGGACCGGCACGGGCAGGCCCUAGAGCCUCCCUCCCAGCAGCAGCUGGAGCAGCAGCCGCAGCCGCAGCAGCUGGAGUGGCAGCAGCCGGCGGCGGCAGAUGCCUGGCAGGCCGACACGGCCGCCCUGCGCGGGCUGGCGGCCGGACGGGCCGACCACUUUGCUGCGCUGGAGCAGCAGGCGCAGCGGCAGCGCCAGAAGCCGCCGCGGGAGCGGCAUCGGGAGGCGGAGCCCGCCGCGGGGGAUGGCGCGGAGCGCCGGGCCGGCAAGAAGCGCCGGCGUUGGCAGGAGGAGCCGGCGGCGGCGGGCGGCGCGCCGCCCGCCGAGAAGCGCGACGAGCGGCGGCGGCGCGGCGACCCGGACACCCAGACCAGCGACGCCCGCUUCGACGAGCAGUUCUCGUUCGCCCACAAGCUGUACGGCCAGCAGGCGCUGCCCUGGUAUGCCAAGCGCGGCAGCACGCUGCCGAGUGAGGAGGGCGAGGGCGGGCCUGCGGCCCAGCCGCAGCACGGCAGCAGGCGGCAGAUGUGGCGGUGGGAGAUGCAGGCGCGGGCAGCCUUGGCGGGGGUGGGAGGCACCAAGCAGCAGCAGCAGCAACAGCAGCAGCAGCCGGCGCUGCUGGCGGGAGUGAUGGUGCUGCAGCAGCGUGGGGGCGGCGGCGGGGCCGGCGGCGAGGGCACCAGCAGCAGCAGCAGCAGCUCGGGCAGCGACUCGAGCAGCAGCAGCAGCAGCAGUAGCGGGAGCAGCAGCGGCGAUAGCAGCGACGAGCGCAGUCGCCGCCGGCGCGGCAGCAAGCACCGGCGGCGGCGCAAGGACGGCGGCGGCAGCCGGCGGCACGGCAAGAAGUCCAAGGAAGGCAAGGGCAAGGGGCGGCGGCGAGAGAGGAAGGAAAGCAAGGACAAGGGAGGGAAGAAGAGCGUGGAGCAGCUGCGGCUGGAGCGGCUGCAGCGCGAGGAGGGCGAGCGGCAGCGGCAGCAGCGCGUGAUGGCGGUGGCGGCGGGGCGCGACCCCGCGCUGCUGGGCAAGAAGUACUAUGGCGGCUACGGCUUCGGCAAGCGCUAG